AUGGCCGGCGGUUUUCGUAAACGUGGCUGUCGUGGUAACCAAACUUGGUGUCUGCUCAAGGAUUCGUUAAUUUUCGUCCUGAUUAUGUGUGUCCUAAUGCAACAUCUGCUGGUGGUGGCGAAGGCCAGUGUAAUAUCGGCCAGUACAAUAACAUCAACAUUGUCGGGACCCAUAUCGAAUGGUUCCCAGCUGAAUGAGAUUUCAAGACAACUGCGUAACAAUUUAGAAGAGAAUUUAUUGAAUUUCAAAAUACCAAGAGGUAGUCAAGAGGAGGGGGAAGAGGACAUCCCAGGACUAGUUGCUGAUGACGAUGAGGAGGAUGAUGAAAAUCAAACCAAAGAAGAAUUUAGUAUAAUCGAUGUAAAUAAAAUACAAAUAGAGGAGAAAAUUAUUUUUAAAACCAAGGAUUUUAGUAGAAAUUUAAAUAACAACAACAAUAAUAAAAAACAUCAACAAAGUCAACAGAAUAUGGUCACAAAGGACCAAAAGAAAAAUAAGACAGGGGAAAGCCAACAGGAGCCACUGGCUUAUAAGGCGGCCAUCGAACAGAAGUCUAAACUGGAGGACAUUAGCAACAACUCCCCGGUAAUAAAAUCCACUGCCAUGGAGAAUGGCAAAACAUUAGCCCAAAACAAUAACAAAAACAGUUCUGCCUCCUCCCCACCCCACUCCACAGUAUUACCCACCCUCGAUGUAAAUAACACCACCCCGAACUCACCCCCUAAACAAAAUUCUCCACGACCUUUGGGCAAAGUCCCCAGUAGCAGCAGCACCAACAAAGGAGCGGAUGGUGUUAUCUUCCCCCAUUUGUAUGGCAUUCGUGAAAAUGUCAUGCUACCCUCCGAGGAUCCCGAACGGGAGGCUCAAAUACUCUAUGAGAAAACUCUAAAGGAAUAUCAUGUGAAAAAUGCCAUUCAUGAACAAAAUCAAAACCAAAACAAAGCGAACUCAUCAGCAACGUCCUUGGGUAAGGAUUCAACAGCUUCAUCGUCCGUGUCGUCGUCAUCAUCAUCAAAUGCCAGUCACUCGUCGGAUUCAUCACACCAACAGCAGAGGACAUUGCAUGCCGUCUGUGAGAUAUGGACACAAAAACAUUGUCACUGUACGGGUACACUGGGUAGGCUGUCGUUGAGCUGUCGGAAUAUAGGGAUAUUAGCUGUGCCCAUGGAUUUACCCAGUGAUACGGUGUUACUAGAUUUGGGCAACAACAACAUAACCAAACUGGAGGCGAAUUCAUUUUUUAUGGCCAAUAAUUUGGAAGAAUUGACAUUGGCGGAUAAUAACUUGGAGGUGUUGGAUCCUUUGGCCUUCUAUGGCCUGUCAAAGUUGAAACGAUUAAAUUUACAAAAUUGUGGCCUUAAAACACUACCCGCAUAUGCGUUUCAAGGAUUGACUAAUUUGGUGUCCUUGCAAUUAAAUGGCAACGCCUUAGCAAGCAUGGAUCGCAACAGCCUGCAGCAUUUGCCAAAAUUACGCACUCUACGACUCGAAGGCAAUUUAUUCUAUCGGAUACCCACCGAUGCUUUGGCUGGAUUAAAGACACUCGAAGCACUAAAUCUUGGCAGUAAUCUCUUGACAAUAAUCAAUGAUGAGGAUUUUCCAAAAAUGCCAAAUUUGGUGGUACUUCUGUUGAAACGUAAUCAAAUCAUGAAAAUCUCCUCUGGCGCCUUUGCAAAUUUAACAGCUUUAGAAAUACU